CCCCUCUCAUGUUGUCGAUGAGCUUAGGGACUAUCUCUGCAAUAACCCCGAAGCCCGGGAUGCAUUCGACUUGGGGGUCAAAAUUGCUGUUGACAUGAACAUACCACAAUUGAAAGAGUUUAAUAUUUACGAUUUGGAGAGCUACCUUGAGUUCUGCGAAAGCCUUCUACAUUGGGUGCCUACCGAAACAUUUGACGGGAAGAAUGUGUACUACCAUCUCUGCCUUUUCUACUUCAUUCUCGGCCAGUCUCCCAUAGAUCGGCUUCAGACUCCAAUCCUCCCUACCUCCAAAUCACUCUAUACUUGGCUUUCUCAGUGGAUCAUCCGAUUUGCGAAGGCAAUGGGCAGCAACUUGGACAAGCCUGAAUCUUUAACCCCAGAAUCGCUUGAAACUUUCCGUAAUUCUCCCAUUUACCACAUGGAAGAUUACGAAGAACCCGAAGGCGGGUGGAAGAGUUUCAACCAUUUUUUUGCCCGGAAGAUUAAAGGCAGACUUCGACCUGUCGCUGGACGCCCCGGCGACCACAGUGUCAUCGUGAGCCCAGCUGACUCCGUCUUUGACGGCUGCUGGCGGAUCGAGAAUAACAGUAUCGUUUACCUCAAGCACAUCCCUUGGCCUAUCCGCCAAUUGUUGGCCGGCAGCCCCUACAAAUCCAAGUUCGGCGGUGGUGCUUUCACUCAUUCUUUCCUCGCCCCGUACGACUAUCAUCGUCUACAUGCCCCGGUCGCAGGAGAAGUGCUAGAAGCGAGAGUGAUUCCAGGUCUUUGCUACCUCGAGGUAGACGCGACAACUGACGGUGACAGGAACGCCCGUCUAUCGAUGAAGCGGGCCCUUCCUGCGGCAAGGUCAGGCCCUGGAGCCCCUAAGGACCCGGGUGGCGCAACCCACACCGGGAACGACAUUUUGGCUCCUAACACUCCCGGUUACCAAUUCCUCCAAGCAAGGGGGCUAAUCGUGAUCAAGAAUCCGGACAUCGGUCUCGUUGCCGUGUUACCCAUCGGAAUGUGCCAAGUCUCCUCCGUUGUACUGACAGUUAAAGAAGGCGACACACUGAAGAAAGGAGAUGAAAUUUCUUACUUCCAAUGCGGUGGUUCCGAUUGCGUGAUGCUCUUCCAGAGGAAAGCAAACGUCGGGUUCACGACCUCCCUCGGUCAGCAUUACAACGUUGGUAUCCAAGUCGCCAGGGCUUUCCCCGACGGGAUACCGCAGGAAGGCUUCAAGCCUGCUCCCAAGCGUCAUAAACAUAUCAAGCGUCCCGAGUCCGCUCUUCCUAAUGGCCACUGAACUUGGAACUCUCGGCA